AGAUGAUAAUAAUAUAACAUAGAAACAAACUCAUCUGGCCAUAUCCCGUCUGCAUCAUCUGGCCAUAUCCCGUAACAAUCCAAUACUCCCGCCCAGCCCCGCGUCUAUUCCGCGGCUUGCAAUGAAUGGAUAGAGAGGAUUAGACCUCGCAUUCCCGACGGAUUCAUCAAUCAUCAAUCAUCAAUAAUCAAUCAAAUCCAUUCCCCUAUCUUCUUCUUCUUCUUCUUCAUCACCAAUCAAAUCCAUUCCCCUGUCAUCAAAUAAAGGAUCUCACCCUACUCGGAUUGGUUGGGGGACGGACGUACCAGUAUAUAUUCCCCAGGCAGCAAUGGAGUAUCACCAAUUUUUGAAUUGAUGGAGAAAUCCUUUGUUUUUAGUUUGUCUGUCUGUUUCCUGAGUAUCUUCCUGCCAUAGUUCCAUGGAUUAACUUAACCAUUGAAUCCUUUGCUCACUACCUCUAUACAUCUAUCAUCUCCCCCCCUUUACCCUGAUUACCAUAUAUCAACCAUUUCUUAUCCGUCUUUAACUCUUUUUUUUUUUUUCAAAAUAAAAAAGUCAGAAGGUACAAUAAUAUUAGAAGCAACGAAACGAUGAUAUCAUUUUGAAACUUGACACCGACGACGUUGAAUUUUGUACCGCGCUGCCGCUGCGCUAAGACGUUGCGGAUGGUGGGUGUGGGGUGCAUGCUCAAUCUAUCAUUGGUCCGUCGUCCGGACUAGUUAGUACUACCCGUAUCUUAUACCCGUCGGUCGGAGGUAGGAUUUUAGACAGAAGAUGAAUCAUUCGUCGUCGUCCUCCUCAGCGGCCAUGCAACAGCAGCCGGGAUUAGGAUUAGCAGCGAUACGGACGCGGGUAGGCAAGUACGAGCUCGGGAAGACGCUCGGGGAAGGCAGCUUCGCCAAGGUCAAGUGCGCUAAGAACCUUCAGACCGGUGACACCGUUGCCAUCAAAAUCAUCGACCGCGAACGCGUCCUCCGCCACAAGAUGGUCGAACAGAUCAAAAGAGAAAUAUCCACCAUGAAGUUGAUCAAACAUCCAAAUGUUGUCAGUCUCAUUGAGGUUAUGGCAAGCAAAACGAAGAUCUAUAUCGUUCUUGAGUAUGUUGAUGGAGGCGAGCUUUUUGAUAAAAUAGCAAAAUACGGGAGACUUAAAGAAGAUGAAGCCAGACGGUAUUUUCAGCAGCUUAUAAAUGCUGUGGAUUACUGCCACAGUAGAGGGGUGUACCAUCGAGACUUGAAGCCUGAAAAUCUACUACUAGAUUCAUGUGGUUCACUUAAAGUUUCCGACUUCGGAUUAAGUGCAUUUUCCAAGCAAGUCCGGGCGGAUGGGUUGCUUCACACUGCUUGUGGCACACCGAAUUAUGUUGCUCCUGAGGUUCUUACUGACAAAGGCUAUGAUGGUACAUCUUCCGAUGUGUGGUCCUGUGGGGUCAUUUUAUUUGUCCUAAUGGCUGGAUACUUGCCUUUUGAUGAGCAAAACCUUGUGGCUUUGUACAGGAGGAUUCAAAAGGCUGAUUUCUGCUUUCCGACGUGGUUUUCGUCCAGUUCAAAGAAGCUGAUAAAACGCAUUCUUGAUCCCAAUCCACUCACUAGAAUCACAAUUCCAGAAAUCUUGGAAAACGAUUGGUUCAAGAAAGGUUACAAGCCACCGCAAUUCGAGCAGGAAGAGGAUGUAAGCCUUGAUGACAUAGAUGCAGUUUUUAAUGACUCCGAGGAACAUCUUGUUACAGAGAGGAAAGAGAAACCUGUAUCCAUGAAUGCCUUUGAGCUUAUUUCAAGGUCACAAGGUUUCAGUCUGGACAAUUUAUUCGAAAAGCAGAUGGGUCUUGUGAAAAGGGAAACACGAUUCACUUCCAAGUCUCCUGCAAAUGAGAUUAUAUCUAGAAUUGAGCAAACUGCAAAACCACUUGGUUUCAAUGUUCACAAGAAAAACUAUAAGAUGAAGUUACAAGGUGACAAGACAGGUAGGAAGGGCCAUCUUGCAGUAGCAACAGAGGUUUUUGAGGUUGCUCCCUCCUUGCAUAUGGUGGAGCUCCGCAAAACAGGCGGUGACACUCUAGAGUUUCACAAGUUCUACAAAACCUUCUCUUCGGGAUUGAAGGAUAUUGUUUGGACGAGUGAGCAACAAUCCGACGAGACAAGGUGAUUCCUCUGCAAAGCAGCACACCUGACACCGCUGGGAGUAACAACAAUAUGUUCGGUGGUCAUUUUUUUCUUUUAUCUUUCUGGUCUCUUAUUGAAAAGCUCGCGUUGCCAAUUCGGUUAAUUGAUUCUCAGGAAUUGACUUCUCAAAUUAUGCAUAGUAAGCAGUAGAAACUCUAGGAUGGUCAAGUCAGGUUGUGAUUAUGACAUGAGAUAGUACUAGUAUUAGUUUUUUUUUUUUUUCUUCUUCUUCUGAAUUUCCAGUCCUUUCACUGUAUUGGCUACGGAUUAAUUUGCCUAUAAAGAAAGUGGAAGGAAGGAAGGAAAAUUGUGGGUCUUCGGA